UUGGAGAGAGAAAGGAGAGAGAGAGAGACCGACCCAGAAAGGCAAAAGCCAAAGCUGCUCCCAACCAUCAAACCCAGCAAACCCAAAACCCUCUUUUAGAUUCUCUCUCUCACACACAGUUUCACACACAUUUCUGAGUGUACUGAAUACUGAUACUCUGCUACUGUGACGGUCUCAGUGUCUAAUUUCUGUGUCGAGAGUGAGUCAUUGUAUAACUUCAAGAGACAACAGGGCAAAUCAGAGGGGGGUCCUCCAUUGCACUUGCAGUUUUUUCUCUGCUCUGUUAGAGGGAGAAGAUAAUUUUUAGAGAGAGAGAGGCGUUCAAAAGAAAGGAAUGCAGCAGCACCUGAUGCAGAUGCAACCCAUGAUGGCAGCCUACUAUCCCAAUAACGUCACCACUGAUCACAUUCAACAGUAUCUGGAUGAGAACAAGUCGUUGAUUCUGAAGAUUGUUGAGAGCCAGAAUUCGGGGAAACUAAGCGAGUGUGCAGAGAACCAAGCAAGGCUUCAGCGAAACCUUAUGUACCUGGCUGCUAUUGCUGAUUCUCAACCUCAACAGCCUACCAUGCAUUCUCAGUUCCCUCCCAGUGGCAGUAUGCAACCUACAGGAGCGCACUACCUGCAGCACCAACAAGCUCAACAGAUGACACCACAAUCAUUCAUGGCGGCACGCUCCUCAAUGCUGUACGGUCAACAGCCGUUUUCAACACUGCAACAACAGCAAGCUUUGCACAGCCAGCUUGGCAUGAGCUCUGGUGGAAGUAGUGGAAUUCACAUGCUGCAAAGCGAGGCUAACAGUGCAGGAGGCAGUGGGCCAGUUGGAGCUGGGGGGUUUCCUGAUUUUGGCCGCAGCACCUCUGGUGAAGGAUUGCAGGCUAGCGGAAGGGGAAUGGUGAUGGGGAGCAAGCAUGAUAUCGGGACCGCGGGAUCUGCUGAAGGGCGAGGAGGGAGCUUGGGAAGCCAUGGCGGUGAUGGUGGUGAGACUCUUUAUUUGAGAGCCGCCGAAGAAGGUAACUGAGAUUCCAGGAUGACGGGCCUAGUGAUCUAUCUGUUGGCAUCUGAACUUGAGAAAGCUUUAGUCAGGGAAGGUAUUUACAUGAACAACCUAGGAACUUAAUGAACUUGUUAUUCAAUUUGAAACUUGAGCUUUUCUAGACAUUGAGUUAUUGUUUUAAAGUGGUGAGACAAUGCAUGUUGUGGUAGUGUAUCAUGUAAAUUCUAGGUAAUAUGGUUAUGUGCUUUGAUCA